CGUCAGCCGGCCGGCCGGCUGUGCACGGCAGCGCCGGGGACUGGGCCCGCCGCUGCCGCGCGCGGGGUGAAGACGCGUGCCAUGGAGGAGACACCGCCCCCAAUGCAAGCCGGCAGCAAGCCGCACCUUGAGAAGUUGACCCUGGGCGUAACUCGCAUCCUGGAAUCUUCCCCAGGUGUGACAGAGGUGAGCAUAAUAGAAAAGCUGCCUGCUGAGCGUCAUAUGAUUUCUUCAUGGGAACAGAAAAACAAUUGUGUGAUGCCUGAGGAUGUGAGAAACUUCUACUUGAUGACCAAUGGUUUUCACAUGACCUGGAGUGUGAAGCUAGAUGACCACAUUAUUCCACUGGGAAGCAUGGUGAUUAAUGGCAUUUCCAAACUGACUCAGCUCAUCCAGUCCUCCGUGUACUCACUUCCUAAUGCACCAACUCUGGCGGACCUGGAGGAUGAUUCUCAAGAAGGCAAUGAAGACCACCAGCUCGAGAAGCCUCACUUUGACUGUCGCAGUGCGAUAUUUGAGCUGGAUUCAUGCGGUGGGAAUGGGAAAGUUUGCCUCGUCUACAAAAAUGGGAAACCUGGAUUAGCUCAUGACACUGAGAUAUGGUUCCUGGACAGAGCGUUAUACUGGCAUUUUCUCACAGACACCUUUACUGCCUAUUACCGCCUGCUCAUCACCCACCUGGGCCUGCCCCAGUGGCAAUAUGCCUUUACCAGCUAUGGCAUUAGCCCACAGGCCAAGCAAUGGUUCAGUAUGUACAAACCCAUCACCUACAACACGAGCCUGCUCACAGAAGAGCCCGACACCUUUGUGAACAAGCUGGACCCCAGCAAAGUGUUCAAGAGCAAGAACAAGAUUUUAAUCCCAAAAAAGAAAGGGCCUGUGCAGCCUGUCAGUGGCCAGAAAGGGCCCGGGCCCUUAGCUCCGCCUACCUCUAAACCUUCUGCAGGCUGUGGAAACCCUGUCCGAAAAUAAGCGUUCUGUCACCUCCCAUCAGUAAUAUCUGGGCACAGACAGCCCUGUGCAGGCCCCACCAUUCUCCUGAGAGACCAAAGCCUUAGGCCUUCACUCCCACUGUUGUUAGCCAGGAGUUGGGACAAUCACACUGAAUUCUCCCCAGGAGUCCAUUCCUCUGUAGGUUGUGCCAACCUCGUCUCCAAAUCCAACGACGGCUUUCAGAUGUACCUAGAGCUUUCUUAUGUCUGUACCCAAUCCUUAACUUCUUAGCAGUAAUUAGAGAGGUCACCCUCCCAAAUAAACCCAUGGUUUGAAUCAUCAGUAACGACUAGUCAUGUGACCAUCGCGGUUAUGAAAAUUUCAUACCUUCAAUUGCAUUAGCCACACUUCAGGGGUGCACCCAAUAGUAGAUUCCAUAUUGGCCAGCACAGAAAGGGGAACAUUUCUGUCACAGAAGCAUUUUGGACAGAAUUGCAUGUGAACACUUUCAUACUGUUCUUCAGAUCCAAUAAUGUUUGACAACGUUACUGCCUUAACUUCAUGGGCUUUAUGCUUUAAGAAAACACUGUCAAAGUCUUGGGUUCUUUACAACCAAUACCACACAUUUCACUUGAGUCAUUUCUUUUUUAAUUUGCUAUAAAAUAUCGUGUUCCUGAUCAGUUUCUACAUUUGCCAAAAUCAUCUUUAAAGAGAUCGACCCUUGCUGUAUUUUAUCUGUUAGUUCCCGGGGCAUCGUUUGCAGACAAAGCCAGUCUGGUAAGAAUUUCCAGCUCUUCUGCUUAUGCACAGUUGGAUGCUGUUGCUCCCAGCUUGCUUAAGUCUAAGCAAUGGUAGGUGUGGGGUCCCAAGAAGCCUUUGUACAUGAGUGUCCUAUUCAAAAGGCGUUUCCCCCAUAGCAGCAUGAUGGUAUUAGACACUGCGCCGUCCCACAGGUUUAUCAUGUGGCAUAGAUUAGGCGUAUAACAGAAGUUCUGUAGAGAAAGACGUACUCUGAUUUUCAGUUAAGAGUAUCUGUUCCUUCGUCUGCACUCCUGGCAAUGGGCAGGAGUUUUGAUGGCUGUAUAAUUUUUGUAAUGAUACUCCAGAGGUAGAAUAAAGAGUUCUGAGGAGGAACAGACUGCACACUCCCUUUCCAGUUGGCCAACCUACUCAAACUUUUCUACUAUGGUGGUUGUCUGGGCUUCUUUCCUAGUAUGUGAUGGGAGCGAGAAGCCCCUGUCAUUUUCUACCUGUACUUCUUCAACACCACUUUGAAUGUUUAGUGAAGGUUUCAAAUUCUUGUUUUGGGGACUGGAAGGAUGGCUCAGCAGUUAGGAGCGUGGACUACUCAUGCAGAGGACCCGAGGUCAUGUUGCAGCACCCAUGUGAAGCAGUUUAUGGCCCCUGGAACUCCAACUCCAGGAGGCUCAACAUGUUCUCCAAAUUCCACAGGCACCUAUGCACACACAAAGAAGGAAAUAAAAACAUUUGAAAAACUGUU